AUGGAUAUUAACGAUAUUUUAUUUUUUAAAGUAUUUAGAAAUAUUAUCAUUUUAAAAAAUAUAUACAGAUUUAUCAGAAUUCAUAAUAAAAUUAUUCAAAUAAAUGAAGAUGUGUCAACUAUUACAUUCAAUCAUUAUACUUUAAAGAAUUUUAAAUUUAGGGAUCAAUUAUAUAAAUGUAGAGUUGGAGCUGAAGUCAGAAUAGAGGACCUCUAUCUGGAUAAUGAAAAAAGAGGUUAUUAUUUCGACAAUUCAGAAGAUAAGGAUUUUUUUAAUAUUUUAUUGACAAAGGAUGAAGAAUCGUUACCAGUCGGUUUAAUUCCGGAAUCAGUUACAGAUUUAACUUGGAGACAUAGACAGGAUCUAUUGGAUAUGGGAGUACUACCAAGAAAUAUUAAAACUCUCACAAUAGCAAAUUAUUUUGGUAGAAACAAAAAUAUACCUAGUAACAAAAUACCAAACCACGUUCAGAAUUUUCGAACUGAAAAUACGUCAGUUUUUUACGAAUUACCAUAUGGUUUAAGAGCUUUGUCUUUACUAGGUAGAUUUAAUCAAGCUUUAGAAGAAUUACCAACCAAAUUACAAUACCUUGAAUUGGGUUAUAGUUUUUCAAAUUCUAUUAAUCACUUAUUACCAAAUUUAAAAAAUCUAAAGACAUUAAUUUUAGGUAAAAGUUAUAAGCAAAUUAUAAAAAAGGGUGAUUUGGUAGAUUCUAUUCAAGUUCUUUCUAUAUGUUGUAGUUUUGAAGAAGGGUCAUUACCAAAGUCUCUAAGGGUCUUGGAAAUAGAUUCAAAUGGUUUCUCAGUUGCUUCCUUGUUACCAGAUUCAAUCAAAUGUUUAAUUUUCAAAAAUGAUGUAAAUGAAAAAUUCAACAAUAAAGAUUUGCCAGAAUCAAUCGAAUAUCUUGGUUUUUAUGGCCGAAAAGAUUUUUCAGAAGGAUUUUCAUUCAUACCACGAAGUUGCAAAGAGUUGGUUUUUGGUGAUUCUUUCAAUACAGAUUUUAGAGACAUGGACCAUUACAACUUACCAAAACUUACUCAUAUAAUAUUUGGUAAGAAUUUUAAUCAAGAUAUACCUAUAUUUAUAUUACCUCCAACAAUCAAAUACAUCGAGUUUAGAAACGAUUAUAAAAUGUAUAAAAUUUCAAAUAUGCCAGGAGUUCAAAUAAAAAAAAAUAUUAUUCAAACCGAACAAAAUUUAAUACAUCAUCUAGAUUUUUUAAAAAAAUUUAUAGAUAGCCCAACAGUAUUUAAUAAUUAUAUUUUAAGUUAA